GUCACGUGACGCCCGUCCGCAGCCUCUGCUGUCCUCCGCGGCGCCCCCUUCCGCCUGACGCGCCCCCGGCGGCGGCCGCGCAGCCCUGGCUCCUCGCGGGCUCGGGCGGCGGCUGCGGCGGGGCUAUGGCGAGCGGCGGUGGCGGGGGUAACACCGGCGCGGGUGCGGGGCCGGGGAUGGGCCUGAGCCUCGGCCUGGGUCUGGGUCUGAGCCUAGGCAUGAGUGAGGCCACCAGCGAGGCAGAGGAGGAGGCAGCCACGGCCGAGGCGGUGGGACGCCUGGCCACGACGCUGUGGCUGCGGCUCCGCGGCUGGGAGGCGGUGCUGGCGGCGGCGCAGCGGUUGCUGGUGUGGGAGAAGCCGCUGCACAGCCUGGUCACGGCUGCCGCGCUCAACGGCCUCUUCUGGUUGCUGUCUUCCUCGUCCCUCCGGCCCUUUUUCCUACUCAGCGUCUCACUUUUGGCCUAUUUUCUGCUGGAUCUCUGGCAGCCUCGCUUUCUCCCUGACGUGUCAGCAUCAUCCCCAGAGGAGCCACACUCUGACAGAUUCACCUGCAGGAGCUGCUGCAGUACAAGAGGCAGAAUCCAGCUCAGUUCUGUGUUCGAGUCUGCUCUGGCUGUGCUGUGUUGGCUGUGCUGGGACACUAUGUUCCAGGGAUUAUGAUUUCCUACAUUGUCUUGUUGAGUAUCCUGCUGUGGCCCCUGGUGGUUUAUCAUGAGCUGAUCCAGAGGAUGUACACUCGCCUGGAGCCCCUGCUCAUGCAGCUGGACUACAGCAUGAAGGCAGAAGCCAAUGCCCUGCAUCACAAACACGACAAGAGGAAGCGGCAAGGGAAGAAUGCACCCCCAGGAGGUGAUGAGCCACUGGCAGAGACAGAGAGUGAAAGCGAGGCAGAGCUGGCUGGCUUCUCCCCAGUGGUGGAUGUGAAGAAAACAGCAUUGGCCUUGGCCAUUACAGACUCAGAGCUGUCAGAUGAAGAGGCUUCUAUCUUGGAGAGUGGUGGCUUCUCCGUAUCCCGGGCCACAACUCCGCAGCUGACUGAUGUCUCUGAGGAUUUGGACCAGCAGAGCCUGCCAAGUGAACCAGAGGAGACCCUAAGCCGGGACCUAGGGGAGGGAGAGGAGGCAGAGCUGGCCCCUCCCGAAGACCUACUGGGCCGUCCUCAAGCCUUGUCAAGGCAAGCCCUGGACUCAGAGGAAGAGGAAGAAGAUGUGGCAGCUAAGGAAACCUUGCUUCGGCUCUCAUCCCCCCUCCACUUUGUGAACACGCACUUCAAUGGGGCAGGGUCCCCACCAGAUGGAGUGAAAUGCUCCCCUGGAGGACCAGUGGAGACACUGAGCCCCGAGACAGUGAGUGGUGGCCUCACUGCUCUGCCCAGCACCCUGUCACCUCCCCUUUGCCUUGCUGGAAGUGACCCGGCCCCCUCCCCUUCCAUUCUCCCACCUAUUCCCCAGGACUCACCCCAGCCCCUGCCUGCCCCUGAGGAAGAAGAGGCACUCACCACUGAGGACUUUGAGUUGCUGGAUCAGGGGGAGCUGGAGCAGCUGAAUGCAGAGCUGGGCUUGGAGCCAGAGACACCCCCAAAACCCCCUGAUGCUCCACCCUUGGGGCCCGACACCCAUUCUCUGGUACAGUCAGACCAAGAAGCUCAGGCCGUGGCAGAGCCGUGAGCCACUGGGGAAGGAGCUGCAGGCACAGUAGGGCUUCCUGGCUAGGAGUGUUGCUGUUUCCUCCUUUGCCUACCACUCUGGGGAGGGGCAGUGCGUGGGGAAGCUGGCUGUCAGAUGGUAGCCAUUCCACCCUCUGCCUGCCUGCCUGCUUGCUGUCCUGGGGGCAUGGUGCAGUACCUGUGCCUAGGAUUGGUUUUAAAUUUGUAAAUAAUUUUCCAUUUGGGUUAGUGGAUGUGAACAGGGCUAGGGAAGUCCUUCCCACAGCCUGUGCUUGCCUCCCUGCCUCAUCUCUAUUCUCAUUCCACUAUGCCCCAAGCCCUGGUGGUCUGGCCCUUUCUUUUUCCUCCUAUCCUCAGGGACCUGUGCUGCUGUGCCCUCAUGUCCCACUUGGUUGUUUAGUUAAGGCACUUUAUAAUUUUUCUCUCGUGUUCCUUUCUGCUUUAUUUCCCUGCUGUGUCCUGUCCUUAGCAGCUCAACCCCAUCCUUUGCCAGCUCCUCCUAUCCCAUGGGCACUGGCCAAGCUUUAGGGAGGCUCCUGGUCUGGGAAGUAAAAAGUAAACCUGGGGCAGUGGGUCAGGCCAGUAGUUACACUGUUAAGUCACUGUAGUCUGUGUAACCUUCACUGCAUCCUUGCCCCAUUCAGCCCGGCCUUUCAUGAUGCAGGAGAGCAGGGAUCCCACAGUACAUGUGCCAGCACUGGAGUUGGUGAGCAUGCGCUGUGUCUUGAGAUGAGGAGCUUCCUUACUGCUCCUCUGGGUGAUCCAAGUGUAGUGGGACCCCCUACUAGGGUCAGGAAGUGGACAGUAACAUCUGUGCAGGUGUUGACUUGAAAAAUAAAGUGUUGAUUGGCUAGAACUGCUGCCUCCCUGACUGUGAGCUGCCUUCCACACCCUGCACUGCACUGCGUUCUCUCCUCACCCUUACCUGCUUCACCCUAGUCUGUUCUGGCUGUUUAU